AUGGUUGACAUUCAACUCAUCACCGGGCGAGCUCUGGUCUCUUACGGUCCUUACAAGGAUGGAGGCUGGAAGCUGCGCAACGUUGCUCUGCGACCCAUCCGUGAGCAUGAGCUGUUGGUCGAGGUCAUUGCCUCAGGCGUCUGCCAAACUGACCUACAUUUCGCCGGGCUGGAAAGUGGCCACGGCGUGCAUUAUCCGCGGGUGAUGGGCCACGAAGGAGCGGGAUACGUCCGACAGGUCGGACCCGGUGUUACCUCAGCGCGCGUCGGCGACCCAGUCCUCAUGUCUUUCUCCUCAUGCCAGACGUGCCGGUGCUGUCGGCGUGGCCACCCCGCUCACUGCCACAAUUUCGACCCCAUCAACUUCGAGUCGACGUCCACGGACCGCGUCUUCUGGGAGGAAGGCGCAACAACACCACAGACAAGCGAACCAGACAUCUUCGGCCGGUUCUUCGGACAAUCGAGUUUCGCUAGUUGGACGAUCGUGCAAGAGUCCGCGGUGAUCAAUGUGGCGGGCAUGGUCGAGAAGAAGGAGGAGUUACAGCUGCUGGCCCCGCUGGGAUGCGGGAUCCAGACGGGAGCAGGAGCGGUCCUCAAUGCGGCGGGCGCACAACGAGAUGAUACGAUCGCGACCAUCAUUGGGGUCGCACGCAACGAGGCCCGCCUCAAGCUGGCCCUCGAGCUGGGAGCUACGCAUGUGGUUCGGAUCGACCCCGACGCGGAUCUCAGCCACGUCACGCAGGCUGUGCGUGCACUCACCGGUGGACUUGGGGUCGAUGUCACGCUGGAAACUACAGGGGUGCCGGACCUCGUGGCCGAGGCCGUUCGUAUGACGGCCAACAGGGGCAAGAUUGUGCAGCUGGGGGCAGCGCCUGAAACGGCGACUGUCAAUAUCCCGAUCCACGAGUUCAUGGUGGCGGGAAAAGUGUUCAUGGGGGUCGUCGAGGGGGAUGUGGUUCACCGGGAGUUCGUGCCGCAGAUGAUUGAGUGGGUGAAGUCGGGCCUUCUGCCUUUGCAUAAGAUCGUUGGAUUUUAUCCGGCGGAGAAUUUCGAGGAGGCGGUCCGGAAUAUGAAGAGUGGAAGGACGAUCAAGCCGAUUCUUCUGUGGUAG